GGGUGCGUUUGGACUUUGAUCUGUGAGGACGAUCAACUAUUAACCAGAUCGGCAGCAGGAACCAGGAUCACCGAAGCUUCAGCCUCAAAACCGUCUCUGAGUUUAGUUCUGCUUUUCUGACCGAGGUGAAAAUGUCCACGGCGCUGGAGGUGACCGGGUUCUUGCUGGGCGUAGCCUCCUGGUUGGUAACGGGCUCCGCUCUCGCCAACGACUACUGGAAGGUUUCAUCUUUUUCUGGCAGCGUCAUCAUCUCAAGUCGUCAGUAUGAGAAUUUGUGGCACUCCUGCGCUGAAUCCAGCUCGGGGAUCGCCGAGUGCCGGGACUUCGAGUCCUUGCUGGACCUUCCGGGCUUCGUGCAGGCAUGUCGAGCUCUGAUGAUCAUCUCGCUCAUCCUCGGCCUCCUCUCCAUGAUCAUAUCGAUCAUGGGACUGAAGUGCAUCACUAUCGGGAGCUCCAGCGAACAAACCAAGGGCAAAAUAUCAGUGGCCGGGGGCGUCUUCUUCAUCCUGGCAGGUCUGUCUUCGAUAAUCGCUGUCUCGUGGUACGCCGCUCGCAUUGUAGAAGAUUUUAAAAAUCCCCUAAAUGGAGGAAUUAAGUUCGAGCUGGGUGCAGGACUGUACAUGGGAUGGUGUGGAGCGUGUCUCUCUGUUUUGGGAGGAUCCCUACUCUGCUGUGCCUGCAAAAGGGCUUCAUCAGGAAAACCUAAAGGAGGUUACUACCCAGCCAGUCAGGGGCAGAUGAUCCACAAACAUGCACCCGAGUCAGAGAUGGCGAGAGCCUACGUUUAAACUCCAAACGUUUCAUCAGCAUUUACUUCACUGUUGUUACUCUGUGCUUAGUUUUAUCCCGUCAUUUUUUACUUUCUUUUUUUAAUAUUAGCUUAAUGAUAAAUGUAGAAACAACAUCCUAAUGACACGUGGAUACCUGAUGUAUGUUUAAGAUGUUAUCUAAUUUCAUUACUGUGAUUCCUUUGUAUUGUGUUAUUAGAAAACAGGCUUUUAUUCAGGUUGAAUAAAAUUAAAUUU